CACACACCUUAUAGCGGUACUUUCCUCCUGGUCGACUAUUACUAUUUAUACUUUUUAUACUAAAACUUUUAACUCCAACUUGUUCUCGUUGGGUUUUAAUAUUGGUUUUAGCGAGUUAAGUGGACAGUAUCGCUCAAAUGUCGGAAGUAUAGGUAACUUUCCCUCCUAAUUGGUGGACAAUGUGAAGCCUCUUUUCGGAGGGAAGUAACGGGGGGUGUUAGCCCGAUGCUAGCUUCUCCCCGGACAGGUCGCUAUUUGGUCGGCGAGGAGCAGGAGGAGCAGCAGCAGCCAUGGACGCGCUUUCCAAAUAUUCCUGGGUCGACUUCGCCUUCUCCGUGGUCGGAGUGUGCACUUUCCUCGUGGACUGGGGCUCCGACGUGUGGGUGGCCACGGAGUUUUACUGCCGCGGGGACCUGUUCUGGUUCGGGGUGCUGCUCGGCCUCAUGGUCCUGUCCUCGGUCGUGGUCCAGAUGUUCAGCUGGUUCUGGUUCAAGUACGACCGGGAGCUGCCGGGCUUCAAAGCGGCGCAGACCGCAAUUGGCACCGUGGUUUGCGGGGACCAAGUGAAGGUUUUCUGCCUGUUGCAUGUGCUGCAGCUCGGGUUCCUCUGCAGGCACAUCUCUGCCAUACGACAGGGGUUCAGGGUUUGGUGGCGUAAGGAGGAGGGGUCGGAGUACGCCGUCUACCUGACGCACGACCUCAGCAUGCUGCGGCUCAUCGAGACUUUCUGCGAGAGCGCCCCUCAGCUCACCCUGAUGAUCUACGUCAUGCUGCGGACCAACAAGGCCAGGACGGUCCAGUUUGUGAGCAUCGCUGCAUCGACCACCUCCAUAGCCUGGAUGGUGGUGGACUACCACCGCUCCCUGCGCGCCUUCCUCCCCGACAAAGCCAAGCAGCGCUGGGGUUCCUCCCUGAUCUACUUCCUGUGGAACCUGCUGCUGAUCGCGCCCCGCGUCGCCGCCCUCGCCCUCUUCUCCUCCGUGCUGCCAGGCUACAUCGCCGCCCACUUCGCGACGCUGUGGCUCGUCUUCGUCCUGUGGGCGUGGCGGCAGGGGACGGACUUCAUGGACAGCGCGGGCGGCGAGUGGCUCUACCGGGCCACCGUCGGGCUCAUUUGGUACUUCAGCUGGUUUAACGUGGCGGAGGGUCGCACCCGGGGCAGGAGCGUCAUCUACCACUCGUUCGUCACGGCCGACGGGGGGAUCCUGCUGGCGACGUGGUGGUGCUACAGGGACCCGGUCCAGAGCGAGCCCUACGCCCUCGCCCUGCUCGUCGCCCUGCCGCUCACCUACCUCCUGGGGCUCCUCUUCAAGACGCUCUACUACUCCUGCUUCCACCCCAAGAUGCCGAGGCGUCCGCUGAGGGACCCGGGGCCGCCCGACGACAUGCCCGACGCCGACGUGUCGUACAAAGCCUUUUCCAUCCAGGACAGCGACGUGUCCUCGCAGCCUCUCAACAGACGGAUGGCGUGCCACGCGUCUCACUUCUACAGAGAGCAGGGAAUCAGCAGAAAUACUCACGACGUCUCAUGACGCGUGGUCACAGACGCUCAAACUGUAUGCGAACCAAUAAAACGCCACGUUGCACUAUAGAUGUACGGUUUAUAUCCUCACUUGCCACUUCAUUAGGUACACUAGUGUAAGCAAAUGCAUCCUAAUAUAAGAGUCCUGCACUAGAUCUUUGCUUCGUGACUCUUUUAAUGUUCAGUUUACGUUGAAGCAGCCUCAGGAAAAUAAAUAAUUCUAACUAUCUGCCUCUGCAAUGAGAACACAGGGGAAUCAACAGCUCUUUCAGAUACUUUUAACCAGGGACCUUCAACGUUUUAAAGGCCAAAGAGGGAAGUACCUACCCCUAUGUGUUUAUUAUUAAUUAUCAGCCAAGUAUAUUUAUAAAUGUACAUUACUAUUCUCAUUUUGGAUUCAAUAUUAAGCUAUUUAAAUAUUGCAGCAUGUGCAAACGAUGCAGCAUGUGCAACACUACAGUGGCCAUGCUGGAAAACUGCAGGUACCUCUGUGGACCAUUCAUGGAAAUAAGAUUUAAAGCAGGACUGCUACAUUUGAAUACAUUCAUUUACACUAGUGUACCUAAUGAACUGGCAUGAUGUUACUGUAUUGUUACUUGGGAAAUUAGUUAGUUAAGUUUUGGUCUGUUUUAGCAAAUUAAAGUGACUGUGUUUACAUGGACGAUAUUACUAAUAAUCAGAAUAUGACAAACAAGUAGCACCAGUGAGAAACGUUAGCUCUUAAUAGCCGCGUAAAUGCUACAUUCUGUGCAUGUUUGCUCGACGUGAGAUUUCCAGGCCAAACAACACAGUUGUUCAAACAAGACACUGCUGAUAACAGGUUCAACCUGGUCACAUCCUUCUCCUGAAUGAAUUCACUCAGCUUUUCUGUUUCUGGUAGAUUUACGCUUCACAUCAGGUAGAUCUACUCUCACCGACGUACCGGGGCAUGCAUUACUUUAUUUAGCGCCCGUGUGAAAAGUUGGAAUCUGUUCAGGUUGAAGAAAUAUUUUCCAUGUAAACACUGUCAGUGUUAUGAAGAAAAAAAAAAAAAAAAGUCAUCCAGAAGUAUUAAAGUACCACUACAGAUGUUAUCAGUGAAUCAACCUGUGUCUUAAGUGCUUAUAUUUCUCUCGUCUCUGUGAAGCUGCGUAGUUUUAUAAGCUAAUUAUUAACUAUUAUUAGCUAAUAAUUUUUUUAACGGAGUAGAUUCUAUUUUAUAAAUACAUGUUACACAUGUUACACAUCCCAAUAACGUUGGGAUAAAAGCUUUAGAACAUUUCUGCAUUAAAAUCUUCACACGAGUGCUGAAAGUCGAUUAAAAAAAAAAGAACCAGUUAGACUCAUUUAUUCAAAUGUAAAAUAUAAUAUAAUAUUUUGGGAUAUUAUCUUUUUAAAUUUUUUAGAAAAAGAUUUGAUAAUUUGUCUUUGUUACAGUCGCUGCUUGUUGAAACUUUGAAUGUAAAUUUGAUUCUUAUUUCUCUUUUUAUUAUCUUUUCUAUCUGCUGUUUUAAUUGUUUAAUUGUUCUAAUUGCGUGUUGAAGUGUUUGACUGUUUUCCCACACUGACAAUGUUGACAGUGUAAGGUCAAGUUUUUUACAAGACGAAAACUGGUGUUAGCUCCUAUUAUUCUCUCGUUAUUUGUUCAGCUUGUUCAAAUAUCACAUGUGACACACGUGUCUCUGUUUUCUGUCGGACUUGAAAGCACUCUUCUUUUCCCUCUCAGGAGUAAAACUGUGCUGAAUGUAGACGAUCUGCGUUAUCCUCGGUUUAUCUAAAUCUCCUCGGGCGCCAUUGAUGUUUUUUUUUUUUUUUUUUUGAAUGUGAAAGCAAAAACAUUUGUUCGACUUCAGUUGGCACCAACCUGUUUUUACCUCAUCAGCCAUGUGCAAUUAUUAAAACUAAAUGAACAGUGA